AUACAGGCUAGAAGCGCGUUCGUUGUCACGCGUGUUUUGACUGCUCACGCGCCACAGACACGGAGCGCACUACUGACCUACAUCCUCGCUCCCGCAAAAUCAGACACGACAACAGGCGGCGGCGCGCGGAACACGCGAUAGCGGCCGGCCACGCGGAGAUAAGGGUUAAAAUGUAUGAGGUUAUACAACGUUAAUGACAGCGCAGAGUCUUCCUCUGGAGCCAUUACCAGCUGCUAAACGCAUCCAUCUACAGCAGACGCGCAGACCGGCGGGCGCGCGCGCGCGGCGGCGCACCGACGCGCCUGCAACAGUGUCCAAGCGCCACCUUCAGUAUCCAACCCACGGAAGGAAAACACGCGAAUCCUCGCAUUGUCUGCUUGUUUUUGGUUUGUUUUUUUUUUGUUUUUUUCUCCAGACACAUCUGUAAAAGACCGAGUGUCUGCGUGAAGCACGGUCUUUUUCUCCGAGGUGUUUUUCCUCACGUUCAAACGGGGAAACAGACUUUGGCUUCUGUGCGCCUCGGCGCGAGGCGUUCAUCUCGAGCGCGCGCGGCGCUAACUGUGUGUUUAAUAUGCCUGUCUCGCCCGGCGCGUCGCCCCAGACGCCGUGUACCACGAAUCCCCACCUCCACUCCAACGAGCGUUAGGGAGGGAGGAAUAAAAGGGUUAAGGGGAGUCUUGGAUGCAGGCUGCUGGGCGGAGUGCGAGCGACGUGAUUGGACGACGGGGUGUGACGCAGGGGACAUGAAAAAGCUGAUAACUAGUUAAGAAGGCAGUUUGUAACUCUGGAAAAAGAGUGCAGAGCUUGAGACGCACGUUGCGCAGGCAGACGUGGACGAACCGGCGCGCGCACACCAGAGACCUGAGCCGCACUGGCAGCGUGGGCUGUUAGACACCGCAGCGUCCGGACGCCAAGUGACUGGAAACACGGCACCAUGGUGCAGCACACGGACACCAGCGAGACGGACGGGAGCCUUUCCAGGGAGGCCACCGAUUCGGAGGAGAGUGAAUUUAUGGCGUGCAGCCCGGUGGCGAUCAACCCGGACUGGUGCAAGACGGCCACCGGGCACAUCAAGAGACCCAUGAACGCGUUCAUGGUGUGGUCCAAGAUCGAGCGGAGAAAGAUCAUGGAGCAGUCGCCGGACAUGCACAACGCGGAGAUCUCCAAGCGCCUCGGGAAGCGGUGGAAGAUGCUGAAGGACAGCGAGAAGAUCCCGUUCAUCAGAGAAGCCGAGCGGCUGCGGCUCAAACACAUGGCAGACUACCCCGACUACAAGUACCGACCCAAGAAAAAGCCCAAGCUCGACAGCUCCAAGUCGUCGGCGCCGUCUCCGGAGAAGUGCGGUAAAAUCACAAAGACUCCCAGCAAGAAAUGCUCAAAGAUAAAGACUAAGAGCGGCUCCAAGUCCUCUCAGGGCUACGGCGAGGACUGCGUGUUUCCCAGCCUAAAAGUUACAAAGACUGUGAAAAGUGAGCUCACCGACGAGGACGACGACGACGAGUACGAGGAAGACUACCGGAUGGGGAUUAAGGCGGCGGGCGAGGAGCGCCUGAGGCCGUACAACGUCGCCAAAGUUCCCGCGAGCCCAACUUUGAGCUCCUCGGCCGAGUCGGAGGGCGCGAGCAUGUACGAAGAAGUGAGGAACAACAACAGGCUGUUUUACAAUAUCAAAAACAUUACGAAGCAGAGCACAUUGCACGCGGCUGCCAUCUCACCAGCAUCAUCCAGGUCGGUGUCCACAUCCUCCUCCUCCUCCUCCUCCUCCUCCUCCUCCUCCAGCAGCGGCUCCUCUUCCGGCGAGGACGCGGACGAUUUGCUUUUUGACUUUAGUUUGAAUUUCGCCCCCAGCGCCCAGGGCUCGGAGCUGGGGAACCCCAAUUCAGGGAACCUGUCGCUGUCGCUUGUGGAUAAGGACCUGGACUCGUUCAGCGAGGGCAGCCUGGGCUCUCACUUUGAAUUCCCAGACUAUUGCACGCCAGAACUCAGCGAGAUGAUCGCCGGGGACUGGCUGGAGGCGAACUUUUCCGACCUGGUGUUCACAUACUGAAAUGAGAAAUUCACAAAAGAAAAGCAGAAACGCGGUUCUCUAGUAAUAACAGAGAAGGGAGAGUUGAAAUUACAUGUGUCCUGGUCAAGUUGUCCCCAGCCCUGCCUCCUGUGGGUUUUUGUGAAGGGUCCUAGGGGGAGGUGGAGGACCAGGAGGCGAGGUGAGGUUUGAGGAAUGAGAUGCUUAUGAAGCUGGUAGCAAAAAAAAGCAAAGUCUGCAGACGUUUUUUUCUGGCAGCAUGACAGGGUUUUAUGGAUUUUUUCCCCCCCAUAGGUCUGCAUUUACUGUUCAGCUUAAACGGACCACAAAAGGGAAAAAUACGUGAACUUCUAUGCAUCUUAUCCUCUUCAAAUUUAAAAAAAAAAACUGCAGGGAGCUGAAAACGGACUGUGGACUGACUCAAAGCAAAUCUGUGAACUGACAAGUUGUUCAGGAUUUUACUUUACAACGGUUUAUGUAAUUUCUAAAUGCCGCAAAUGUUUGUUUUUUGUAACUGAUUCCGUUUACCUCCUGGUUUGGAAAAUUACGCAGCCUAAACCUCUGCCGACUACAGGUGUGGAGGAAACAUUUUGAUACAUAACAGACCUCAUCUUUUUAAAAGAAAAGUAAGAUAUUUUCAGGCAUAUUUUUGUACAGUUCAAAGGGAAUGUUCUUACUGUGCUUUCAGUGAGUUUCAGGCACUUCUUCCCUUUAUCAUUUGUUUUUAGCAUGCAAGGGAGUCCUGGUUUUAAGGAUUAAGUUAAAUUAAGACUUGCAUCAAAAAUGCCUUGUGAUUUUAAACUAGGUUUUGUACAGUUGUAGAGCAGAUUUGUUGAGUAUUUGUAGACGAUACAAUGGCAUCAUGGGGAACACAUACCUCAGAGCUGGAACUAGUUUCAAGAUUGUACAUGUACUGUAAUAUAGUAAAGUUAGGAGUUUAUGUAUAUCAUACUCGUGAUAUGUGGAUGGGUCCCAAUCGCAGGUGUGAAACUGGAUUUUGGUAUUUUUUAUGGCACAUACUGUUUUUCCCCCCUCUCAUUUUUUGUGCAAUAUAUACUCUUGAGAUACAGACCAUCAACAAUUGUAGCAAGUGAUGGAAAACAGACUUGUGCACUGUCAACAUCAUUUCAUGUUAUGAUGCUGAAGCCUGUCCAGGCAGAAAAAAACAAAAUAAUAAACAAAUCAGCUGGAACUGAUGCAAAACGAUAAAAUAUGGCCUCAUUGUGUGAUACGUACAAUAGGAGAAAGAUACAAUUUGAAUGUUAUUGGACACACGUGAUUGGGUAAUAUCUGACAACAAAACGGUUCGAGUCUGACUGGGAAUUAGGGACGACAGAGUUCUGCAGAGGGACACAGUCUGAUGCAGCGGUGGUCUGGCAUUAAGUCAACAAACAAGCAAAAAAGAACAUUCCAUAGUCCUGUUUCAUAAAAUGAAACUUUAUUUUAAAACUGAAGACUGCCUUCUUUUUUUAAGACAUUAACCAUAAACCUGUAUUUUUUAUUUCUUGCACUUAAAAAGCAGAUCUUGUUUAUUUUUAUGUGGGUCUUACAUAUGAAGUCUGUUUGAUAAAAGGGUUUUUUGGAAUAUGACCUAAUUAUAUGCCCAGACGUUUUUGUUGAGGUUCUAGGCAGUAGUUACUUCACAUUCCAAGUGUGAAUCUGUCUUUGACUCAUCUUUUAAUAAAUAAGUACAUACCACCA